AGCCCCGCCGCCCCCCCCGUCCGGCCUCGCCAUGAGCAGCGGCAGCGCCGGCCCCUCCCGGCCCCGGACCAGCUCCUUCGUCGACGCCGCCGCGGGCGGGGUCCCCCCCGGCCCCGGAGCCCCCGCCCCGCCCGGGCCGCCCCGGGGGGCCGCGCCGGGCGGCAAGGCGGGGGCGGCGGGGCCCGGGCCGGGGGGGGGCGGCGGCGUCGGGCCCUUCCCGCCGGGCCUGAAACUCGGCCGGGACAGCGGGAAGGUGAGCACGGUGGUGGCCACGCCUGGCCAGGGCCCGGAGCGCCCCCAGGAGGUCUCCUACUCGGAUAUCAAGGUCAUCGGGAAUGGCUCCUUCGGCGUGGUCUAUCAGGCCCGCCUGGCCGACUCCGGGGAGCUGGUGGCCAUCAAGAAAGUGCUGCAGGACAAGCGGUUCAAGAACCGGGAGCUGCAGAUCAUGCGCAAGCUGGAUCACUGCAACAUCGUGCGCCUGCGUUACUACUUCUACUCCAGCGGGGAGAAGAAGGACGAGGUGUACCUGAACCUGGUGCUGGACUUUGUGCCCGAGACGGUGUACCGCGUGGCACGCCACUUCACCAAGGCCAAGCAGACCAUCCCCGUCAUCUAUGUCAAGGUGUACAUGUACCAGCUCUUCCGCAGCCUGGCCUACAUCCAUUCCCAGGGCGUCUGUCACCGCGACAUCAAACCCCAGAACCUUCUGGUGGACCCCGACACAGCCGUGCUCAAGCUGUGCGACUUCGGCAGUGCCAAGCAGCUGGUGCAGGGCGAACCCAACGUCUCCUACAUCUGCUCCCGCUAUUACCGCGCCCCAGAGCUCAUCUUCGGGGCCACCGACUACACGUCCAACAUAGAUAUCUGGUCAGCGGGCUGCGUGCUGGCUGAGCUGCUGCUGGGUCAGCCCAUCUUCCCUGGGGACAGCGGAGUGGACCAGCUGGUGGAAAUCAUCAAGGUGCUGGGGACACCAACGCGGGAGCAGAUCCGGGAGAUGAACCCCAACUACACAGAGUUCAAGUUCCCCCAGAUCAAAGCACAUCCCUGGCUAAAGGUGUUCAAGCCGCGCACCCCGGUGGAGGCCAUCUCGCUGUGCAGCCGCCUGCUGGAGUACACGCCCGCCACCCGCCUCUCCCCGCUGGAGGCCUGCACCAACGCCUUCUUCAGCGAGCUGCGGGAGCCCAACGCCCGCCUGCCCAGCGGGCGCGACCUGCCCCCCCUCUUCAACUUCAGCCCUGUGGAACUGGCCAUCGAGCCCUCGCUCAACCCCUCCCUCAUCCCGCCCCACCUACGGGCCCAGACCAGCUUGCUGGGGUGUGCGCCUGGCACCCCUGCCACACACGGCGCUGACAGGAGCCAGCCAACACCGGGGGAUGGCGCGGGACCCAUUGCCAACUCGUCCUGAAGGGCUGGGCUGGGGGGCAGGCCCCCUUCCCUCCCCUAGGCUGCCCCAUGGACUUGUCUGAACUGUGAACUGGGUGGGGGCGGUGCCCACGGACCACAUGGAGCCUGCUUCCCAUUGGCUGGGGGGCAGCCAGUCACAGAGGAGACGCUGCCCCUUGCUAACCCACAAGGCCUCAGUGUGGGGGUGGGGGCACUGGUCAUGCUGCUUUUACAGCCCCCCCUUUUUGAAGUGGCUCUGGCUGCUUUUGGGGCUGGGGGACGGGGGGUUCAGGCCCCCUAGAUUUUAAGUUGCUUUUGGUUUUUAACAUCCCACCCCACUGCCCUCCUCCUCUCCUAUGCUGCUGUCCUGAAAGGGGUGCAGGGCCUGGCCCCCCUCAGAGGGGAGAGGGGUGCCCCUUCCCCCCUGUCAGCUGGGAACAAGCCUUCCUCUGUGCCCCGUGCCGGGGGUCUCCUGCACCCACUCUGGGGAUAGAUGGUAUCCUGCAGUGUGGGGGGAGAGGCCGUGGGCCAGGAGCAGAUGGAUGUAUCCCCAUAGGGCCUCCCCCCAGGCAUUCCCCCCAAAAGCCCCAUGAUCAAGGCUCUCUCCUUGGUUUGAAGGGGACAGCUCUGUGGGGGGGGGUGGGGGGGAGUUUUUUAUUUCCCCUCCUGCCUGCCCCCCUGUAAAUACCCCUCCCCGUAAACCAGUUUCUUUUACUGAUCGCUGUGUACAUAGAUGAUUUUUUCUUAAUCUGAGUGUCCCCCUCCCCCCCCAGACCCCCCCCAACUGUGUGUUAGUUUCUCUCUCAAGUUCUGGCUCUGUACAGGCACCCGGUUCAAUAAAUUAUUGGCAUGAAAGGA